AUGAUUACUGGUGUUGUGGUGGUUGAAGUUGAAGAAGUUUUUAAGAGGAAGAAUUCAAGAUUUGAAAUUAGGAACAAAGAUUCUCUCAAUGAAGUAUUAACAUCGAAAAUAAGCAUUGGAUUUAUUGCUGAGAUCUCUUCUCUUUUGGAACAAGAAAGAGUAUCUGUAGAGACUGACAAACAAAGAAAGAAGUUGAAGCUUUUUGAUUUGGAGACUUUGAGUGAUACCCAAUGCAAAGAGGAAUUUAAAUUCUCUCUUUCUGAAAUAAUGUGUGAAGCAAUGGAACUACCUAUAAUAUUGCACCUAUGCUGUUCAAAAAGACAUGUGGUUCAUGUGAGCAGAGAGUUUGCAUUUGCCAUAAUAUUAUACCAAUUUGCUUUCUCUUGGAAAUACUGUUCAAUGAAAAGAGAAUGGGGAAUGAAUGCAAAGGAUUUAGGGUUCAUUAAAUUCAAAAACAGAUUGGAGUUUGAUACACGUCAGUUUUCAGCAGAAAAUUGUGAGCAUUUUGCAAAGGCAAUCUAUGAAAGAACAAAAACAUAUCUCAGUGUAAUUGGUUUCAUUGAUGGUACCAUGCAGAAAUUAUAUUGUCCAAAAUCAGAAGAAGAGCAAAAAACUCUAUACAAUAGAUGGAAACAUAUUCAUUGUAUAAAGUACCAGGACAUUGCUACACCUGAUCACAUUACCAGUAGUUUAAUUGGACCUUUUGUUGGAUCUACUCACAAUGCAAAUUUUUUUGAUGAAACUAAGACUUUGGACCAUUUGAUUCUGUAUUUUACAGCCGUGUCUAGGGAUAAGUAUCCACCAUUUGUUUUUAAGCCGUUUCCACUAGAUGAAACACUGAAGGAUAAUCAAAAAGCCAGAAUUAACUAUGCUAUGUCUAUAGCACAAGUGCAAGUAGAGAUGGAGUUUGGUAAGGUAGGGCAGUAUUUCAAAUACUGUAAAUUCAGCUCAGAGAUGAAGAUAAAGUUGAAAGCAUUAUCUGCAACAAUAUACAUAUUAUCUACUUUGUUCAAAAACUUUCAUACUUGUAUCAAUGGGUCCGCAACGUCAGCAAUGUUUGAUAUUCAACCACCAAACAUACAAGAUUAUAUCAGGGGUCUUGUAUGUGAUCCCAUAUUAGAAGACACAGUUGAUACUGUAGACACUAUUCUAUACAAUGCUCCCAGAUUGGUAGAGUCUAUUCCACUUGAUACAUAG